AUGAGUUGGUUUUCAUCGUCGAAAUUAUCAAAAGAUUCAACGCCGUCAACAAAUUACGGUUUCGUUUUUUCAUUGAUUAUUAGCUAGUUUAAAAAAUUAAAAUCUAAUCUAAUUAUUAUAGUGGCACCGCACAGAAAUGGCGCUCUGUUGAGAAACUCUUUUUGCAGUGCAAAUUGAGCGACCUCGGGGCCGAGUUUGAAAAUUUAGGCCACGUUUUCAGUGGAAAAAUACUUCGCGGCCUAGAAAUUCGGCCAGAUUGCGAACAGCGCGCCCUUUCUGUCCGGUGCCCCUAUAAUAGAUAUCUAAUUAGAAAUCUGAAUUGUCAACUAACUCUUUUUCCGUUCCCCAAAAACCCACAUCGGCCCAUUUCCUGCUCCAUCAUAAAUCUGCAUUCACUCAGCUCUUUCCUAUCCUUUUUUGCAUUCGUCUGUCCGUCUUUCUUCCUCUCAACUCUCCCCUCUCACCCAGACUUUAAUCGAUCGGCGCACUCCGCUCUCCCCGCCGCCAGCGACUUCUUCUUCUUCUUUUUUCCCUUCUUUGUUUCAUGUUCUCUUCUACCCCCGUGCACAUCCUUCACUCGCUUGUCUUCUUCUCUUCCGUUUUCCAUUCUCCCAUUCACUCCCCCUCGUUGGGGCUUUCUUGUUUUUCGGGAGAAAGCAAAGAUUCGGUUGUUGGUUAAUGCGAAUUGAGUUCCCACGAGCUCAUGCGUUAAGGCUUCUGAUUUCAUGAGAUUAGGUGGCUCAGCGCAUUCUCCAUGAGUAUGUAACUACUGAAACAGUAAAGUUCGACUAACAAUUCUCCCAUAUCCUCAUUCUCAUCAUUCAUCUAUUUUUCCACUAACAAUUUCAAUGUUGCUCUCGGUCAAUCAUUAUGAACUACUUUGAAAUGCAUGAAAACUGAAUCUCCUAACAAGAAACGAGCGAAAAAGCGGAAUUUUUGUGCCAGAAAUCGGAUAGCGCCGCGGUCGGGGUUAGCCAAUGCACGACUCCGUUUUCGCUCCUAAUUUUGUCGGUCAUGUCUGAAUUCAAAUUGAAUUUCGCCUCUCGUUGUGGCAAUCAGACCCGCCGCCGCCGUAACAAGCCACUCGGAAAUGAAGUCGUGAAAUUAUAUACUCUACGAGCUUCCGGGAUUGUGAGGAGUCCUCUGGUCUCUGGAGACAAUUAGUGCUCAACUUCAUCCAUUCGCCGUUGCAAAAUGCAAAGAAGGAAAACGAAGAAGUCGCUCGUGCCUCCUUUCCUUUUGUUGUCUGCCCUGACUCUCAUGCGUGCACUUUUCUGGUAAUCCGUUGAAAGUAAUUGUUUUCAGACCGGCUCCCCUCGUCUCAAAGGGAACAGAGGCCUCCUCCAUCUUUCAAUCAGCCUCCUGCCGCCUUCGGCCACCAAAAAAUGCUGCGUGUUAGGAAGACGCCUUCCGAAUCGCACGCGCUUUCAAACUUUGCGUAUGUGAGUCGCCAAGACUUUGACGCGGAGAGAGUCAAGUGAGCAGACAGAUAAAGGGCCUUCAUGUAAACGAUCAUUCAGACAUGUGACCGUGACUCCCGUCUCUCUCCAACCCCACCACUACAUUUUCUCAAUCCGCAACGACAGCUCCGUUCGUCCCGGAGAGAUUGCCUUCGGCGUUCCGCACCGCAAAUGGGCGAAUGUCAGUCUGGAUCAGGAAGUGCAGGUUGACCCGUUCACAUUCCCUCGCUCCGAUUACAUUGGAUCAAUCGUGCUCUCAGCAGAUUUCAAUGGGAAGAAAAAGUGAGUGGAAAGACGAGAUAUCGAUACGAGAGUGUGGCAAUCCCGUAGAAAAUUCGAAACCCGUAGAUUACAAAACCCGUAGAGUCAAAUCCCGUAGAAAAGGGCCGGGCCUAAUGCAAGGUGCGCAUAUUGUUUUGACUCAUUUUUGAUUGCCUUUUUCGCCCUAUUCAUUUGAGCCAUGAAAAUUUGACAGAACGAUUAAAAAUGCCAUGAGGAGUCCAAUAUUCUGAGUUUUCUACAUUUUGGAGUAUCUGUGUUUGUGUACUUAUUUCUACGGGUUUCGAUUUAUUUUUAUUUUUAGGCCCGGCCCUUUUCUACGGGAUUUGACUCUACGGGUUUUGUAAUCUACGGGUUUCCAAUUUUCUACGCGACUGUCACACUCUACGAAACAACUCACAACUCGCAUUUUUGCAGUGUCUCGGCGGAACCACUCAAUUCUGAUCUUAUGGCCAGAGAAUUCUCAAUGCAGUUCGGAGGACAGGCAUUCUCGAAGUGAGUUUAAUUCAGUUCUUCUAGUUUUGAAAAGUGGUUAACACAAAAAAGCAUUGAAAAUAACAGAGCCGGUAACUAGUAAAAAAAUGUCCUGCAAUCCUACAAUAUUCGAUUUCAGAGGAAUGCAGUUGGCAUUCAAGUUCGACGACAAAGAGAAGAACAAAAGUCACUUGCUGUCGCUGACCGUUAAGUCAAUUGAACAGUUUGACGUGGCAAAAGCAGCAGCCGCGUCAGUCAACGGAGAAGAAGGGACCCCUGCGAAGCCGAAGCAGAUCAAUGCCGGAGAACUUCUGCCGAACUCUGUGAUCGUCUUCGACAAAGAGGAAGGCUCAAUGCUGAAUUUGGUCGGAAAAAGCAAAGGAAAGGCGGCGUACAGAUCGAUUAUAAACCCAGACUGGGACUUUCAAAAAAUGGGAAUCGGAGGUCUUGACAAGGAAUUCUCGAACAUUUUCCGACGUGCCUUCGCCUCGAGAGUGUUCCCUCCGGAGUUUAUUGAGCAGCUCGGAAUGAAGCACGUCCGAGGUAUCCUUCUGUACGGACCGCCCGGAACCGGAAAAACACUUAUGGCCAGACAAAUUGGAAAAAUGCUGAACGCGCGUGAACCGAAGAUCGUGAACGGUCCCCAGAUUCUGGAUAAGUAUGUCGGAGAGUCCGAGUCGAACGUGAGAAAGUUGUUCGCCGAUGCCGAAGAGGAAUGGAGACGUUGCGGAGCAAAUUCGGGUCUCCACAUAAUUAUAUUUGACGAAAUCGACGCCAUCUGCAAACAGAGAGGAUCCAUGGUAAGUUAAUUCUUCAAAACAACCAAUCUAUUCAGUUCGUUUUCAGGCUGGCAGUUCGUCUGUUCAUGACACAGUUGUCAAUCAGCUUCUCUCAAAAAUGGACGGAGUUGAACAACUGAACAACAUUCUCGUAAUCGGAAUGACGAACAGAAGAGAUAUGAUUGAUGAAGCUCUGCUCAGACCGGGAAGACUUGAAGUACAGAUGGAGGUGUCGCUUCCGGACGAAUUCGGAAGACUUCAGAUUCUCAGAAUUCACACGGCCAGAAUGAGAGAAUACAACAAAAUGGACGGUAAAGUCGACCUGGAUGAUCUCUCGAAAAGGACCAAAAAUUUCUCCGGAGCCGAGCUCGAAGGGCUUGUCAGAGCGGCACAAUCAAGUGCUAUGAACAGACUCGUAAAGGCCGGAGGAAAAGCUCAAGCGGAUCCAGAUGCCAUCGAAAAGCUCGUCAUUAACUCGGGCGAUUUUGAUUACGCGCUGGAAAACGACGUGAAACCGGCGUUCGGUCGGUCUGACGAAUCACUGAAUAAGUUCUUGAGCAGAGGUAUGAUUGUGUGGGGACCGGAAGUGACUCGUAUUCUCGACGAGGGAAGUCUUCUUGCUGCUACAGUUCAAAAUCCAGAAAACAGUGGAUUCAGAACAGCUGUUCUGGCUGGUACGUGAUAAAUUUCUGGUAUUCUCCCAAACCAUCUCUUUAGGCGCUCCAAAGACAGGAAAAACGUCGUUGGCUGCACAAAUCGCAAAGAGCUCAGAUUUCCCGUUCGUCAAAGUCGUCUCGCCAGAAGAUACUGUUGGAUUCUCGGAAAGUGCAAAGUGCAUGGCUUUGAAAAAAGCAUUCGAGGACGCGAAACGAUCGAAAUUGAGCGUGCUGCUCAUCGACAAUUUGGAGAGACUUAUAGGUGAAUUAUUAAGUACAUUUGAGAGUACAUUUCUGAAUUGCUGAUAUUUAGACUACCACCCAGUUGGACCGAGAUACUCGAAUCUUGUCAUCCAGGCUCUGAUGGUUCUUCUGAAUGCUCCUCCACCAGCUGGUCACCGUCUACUUGUUCUCGCCACUUCAUCCGAUCGUUCAUUCCUCCGAGACAUGGGCCUGAUGGAUGUGUUCGGUGACGUCAUCGACAUUCCAAGAUUAUCGAGUUCCAACCAAAUGAUGAAUGUUAUCAAAGAGAGCAACAUCUUCAGCGAUGAUCAGAUCCCAGACGUUGAGAGGAAGCUCAAUUCGCUUGUGUACGAGAAAAAGUGAGUGAUCUUUUUUGAUCUUCGUUAAGAUAUUGGAAGCACUCCCACUUAGUUCCCAAAAUCGCAGCUUUUCUUGUAAAAUAGUCUCGGAUCAUCCCUUCACCAAUUUUUAUGAUUCUUUCAGAUUCGGUGUUGGAAUCAAACAUCUGCUAGAGUUGAUUGAAUCGGCUCGUCAAGUGGAAGCCGCUUAUCGCGUUCAGACUAUUAUUGGAAUGAUGGAGAACAUCGCAUUCAACUUCCCCUAA